AUGGCUUCCCUAUCCGCGCCAUCUACCCCUAGGGCAGUAUCUUCGCCUGCACCUACUUCAGACGAGUCCCGGACACCAGGAAAAUGGCGCCAUCCGCAGUUGAAUGAAAUAGUCCGGCGACAGAAUGCUGGAACAUUUGGAGAUAGUAAUAUCAAAAGAGUUCUGUGGAAUGGGGCUGCUUUACUAGCAACCUGGAUCUUUGGCAACACCUUCAAAUCCUACUCCCUGCGACUCGAAAAGUCCAGCCAGUAUUCUACAUAUCCUGAUCUUUCCCUCCAUAUGUUACAACUUAUCUUCGUUCUCAAUAUCCUUGUGGCACUAUACCCUCUCAUUCGCCCAAAGGAUAACCUCUCCGAUAUCCCACUCACCCCUACGCAACGUGCCCUCUUAGGACUGGAUCCAUCUGCCACAGCACCGCCGACGCCGGGAUCUGCGUACAUCACUCCACCCAAAUAUCGGCUUUCUGGGUCGCGGGCAGCAAGCCCGGCCAGCAGAAGUGCAUCGCCUUUGUCAACCAGUGCCAGUGCUUCUGGGCGUAAGGUAUCGUCGGGCACAUUGUUUUCGCCUUCUACUAGUCCAUUGCUCCACAAAGCUGUUUCAAAUGGAGGAAGAGAAAAUGGACGGAGACCGAGUUUCGGCUCUCUAUCACCUCUUGGGAGAAGCUCACCUUUUCGUGAAUCAACCUUCCGUGAAUCAACCUUCCGUGAAUCAACCUUCCGUGAGUCAAGCUUCGGUUCGAGUACGGGUCCUGCGACUCCGUCGCCAGUAGGGGGGAAACGUGUUAAUCUGGGCCUGAGUAACAAGUGGCUGUAUGAGCGGAGCAGGCGGCUGUCAGCGAGCAAUGGUAGUCUUUGA